CGGAUAUUGCUAUGUAAAAUGGCGGCGUGAGACUCGUUCAAAACAGAGGUCUUUACCGGAGACGCUGGUGAGCUAACAUCUCUGAAACCGUCUGCGUUACGUGGAGCCGUCCGUGAAUCACUCAGAGGAAGAGGUUGGAAUUUACAUUCCAGAAAAGAGCAGGUGGGAUGGCGAAGAGGAUCGCUGAUAAAGAGCUAACGGACAGGAACUGGGAUCAGGAGGAGGAGGGAGAGGAGGCCGGAACGUUUUCAGUUGCAAGUGAGGAUGUGUUGAAAAACCGGGCGAUUAAGAAGGCCAAGCGCAGAAAUAUUGGAGCAGAGGCCGAGGGAAGUGGAACCUUCAAAGGUUUUAAAGGGUUUUCUUUGACCACGUCAGCAGCGAGCGGAGGCUCAGCUCCAACAGCGUUUUCUGGUUUUGGAAACGGAGGAGGCUUUAAGGGCCUGAGCGGUCUGACCAACGGAAAUAGCAUCACCCCUUCAUUUGGAGGUUUCUCAUCUCCUGCAGCAUCCACUGCUACACCUGGUCUAACAUUCAACGGCCCCACCUCCGCCAAGCCCACUGCUGACAUCACCGCCAAGCAGACCAAUGGCUCCACCCCGAGCCCGACUCAAAGCUCGAGCUCCUGCAGCAGCAGCAGCAGCAGCAGCAGCAGUGUCGGCAACAAGGAGUACAGCCGGCAGCUCACCGCUCUCAACUGCUCGGUGCGGGACUGGAUCACCAAGCACGUGAACGACAACCCUCUGUGUGAUCUCAAUCCCAUCUUCAGGGAUUACGAGCGGCACCUGGCCAGCAUCGAGCGCCAGUAUGGAGCCGGAUCUGCUGAUGGGGGCUCUGAGGAGAAGAAGCAGGGAGGGAUGCUGCCAACCACAGCCACCCCUCCUCCUCCUCCUCCCUCAUCUUCCUCCUCCGGCAGCAGAAGCAGCUCGGCGGCUCCAGCCACCACCGCUUUGUUCUCCUUUGGCAAAAACACGACAGAAGACUCGACCCGGGACAAAAGCGCCUCCACCGCUGCUCCGAUCAACACCGGUGUCACGUUUAACUUUGGUCAGAAGGUGGACAGCUCGGUCCUCGGCUCCUUAGGGUCCAAAACAUCUACCCCCAGCUUCUCCUUCUCCUCCAGCGCCUCCUCCAGCCAGACCUCCCUGUUUGGAGCUCCUGGAUCUGCUGCACCGCUGUCCUUCAGCGGGACGAAGACCGAAGACGCUCGGCCUGCAGACGAGAACGGAGACGAGGAGUCGGAGGAGCCGCCCAAACCAGAGGUCAAAGAGGUGAAAGAGGACGACGCCUUCUACUCAAAGAAGUGUAAACUGUUCUACAAGAAGGACUCCGAGUUCAAAGAGAAAGGAGUGGGGACUCUGCACCUCAAAAACACAGAAGAUGGAAAAACUCAGAUGAUCAUUCGCGCCGACACCAAUCUGGGAAACAUCCUGCUGAACAUCAUUGUGCAGGCGUCCAUGCCGUGCUCUCGAUUGGGUAAGAACAACGUGAUGGUGGUGUGCGUCCCCAACCCGCCCGUCGAUGACAAGAACCCCACCAGCCCCGUCCCCCUCCUGAUCCGGGUCAAGACCGCCGAGGACGCCGACGAGCUCAACAAGAUCCUGGAGGAGAAGAAAUGCUGAACCCUCCCUCUCUCCCCUCAGACCCUCCAGACUCAUCGACCUCAUCACGCCGGUUUUACCCCCACACACUCACACUCACAUUUGUCCUUAACUCGUCCUGGUCAGCCACCUCUCUCUCUCCCACAGCAAAUUGGUCGUCAUACUGUGAAUUUUGAAUCACAACUAUCAGAAGCAGGUCGUCGUCUACAUUCCUCCCAGUCCGACGACGCUGCUGCUGCUGCUGUUUUAUUCGAGGAACACAACGUUACGUUAUCUUAUCGGUCUCGCUGUUUAACUCUACUGUUUUAAUUUGGUCGUCGAGUGACUGAAAGUGUGAAUCCAGAAGAAUUCUUACCACUGAGUUAUUUUGGGGGGAACCUCCAAAUAAAAAGGUCCAGUCGAUUUGGUUUUACAAAUUAAAUACUCGCAGUAACAGUUAAUUUUUUUCCUUUUUAAAUGAACGUGUCGAGGAUGUAGUGCGUCUGCUGAGUGUUUAUGUGCUCUGGAAUCUAUUUAUUGUGUCGGCAGGAUUUGUACUCUCACUGAUAGAACCUCGUGUGAAUGUUUCUCCCCCCCGCAGAGCUUCUGAUGACGGUGUGGAAGGGAAGUGUGAAACAGACCCGUACUUUUUAUUUUCUGUUAACAUGGACUCUGUUUUCCAAGUGUCCUUUGUGUGGCCUUUGGCUCGGCCUUCGAGAUGAGGCAUGCUGUCAUCGUCUGAGAACAUUUGUAAAGACAUUUAUUGGGGAAUAAAAGGAAACAAACAAACAAACAA